GUGCGUAUUUGCAUUUGCGAUUGUGUUUGUGUCUACUGUCUACCGGCAAUAACGUUUUCAAAUCUUCGCAUUGUGAAUAUUGAGAUUGUAUCUCUAUAAACAAUAUCAACCAAUGAUUAUAUAGUGCGUCUUGUUAAUCUAAACAAAAAAUAUGUCCUAAAGCCGUAUAAUCUGAGACGUUUUGAGAAACUUUCUUAGGAAAACACCAUGGGCGAGGAAGACAUUAAGAAGUUCUGUCCAAACUGUUCUCAGCUUUAUAUAUUACAACUAAACUCUGCAUCAAAGCCGAAAGGAAAUUUGCCACUGCUCCUACCAUGUGGCCACUCAAUGUGUGAAAACUGCAUCAUAAACAUUGUAAAAUGUCUGGAGCCUAUUGAAUGUAAAGUUUGUAUCUGUGAUGCCGAUGUGAAGAUCAAUGACUUGAAUACAUUCAUUCAAGAUAAAAAUGUAUUAUAUUCAAAAUUUCCCAUAAAUAUUCAUAUGGUCGGAGAACUGGCUGUGACUCUGAUGAAGGAAUCACACUCAACUCGUCAGAAACCCGAAGAUGACUUUUUCAUUGACCUUAAAGCUUUGUUAAGAUGUGCAGCAGAACAAGGCAAUUGUGUUGAAUGCAAUGCUACUACAUCUAAAAUGUGUAAGGAGUGUUGUACCAUUUUGUGUGAAGCCUGCUUCAAUAAAACUCACAAGAACUACAUUGUUUUCAAGAACCAUGUUCUACAAAAUAUUGAAACAUCUAUGCUACCAAAUACUUGCAAGCAGCAUCUUGACAAACCACUUGACUAUUACUGCAAGGAUUGCAAGAAAUGUGUAUGUACAGAUUGUAUGAUCCUUGGUGGGGAAAAGUCUUGCAAGAACCACGAAGUUGUGUCUUUACAGGAAAUUAAUGGAACCUUCUUGGAAGAUUUAAAUGAAAUUUCACCUAAAGUUGAUGAAACCUACCGAAGACUGACAAAAACAGCUGUUGACAUAGGAUAUUUGCUUUAUAACUAUGAAAAUGACGCAGGAUCAGCAAAAGACCUUACUAAUAUACUCGCCAGUGUAGAACAACACUUCUCAAAGCUGUUUUCUAUCAUACAAAAACAUAAGGAAGAAAUUGUAAACAUAAUAUUGUACUUAAAAUUUUCUGAAAAGCACUCUUUGCAAAGAGCUAAGUCUGAAAUAGCAAAUUCUAUCAAGAAAGCUUAUAAUGUGUUGGAUUUAAUAGCAGUUGCAACAGACACCAAAAAUAUUAAAAAGAUAAAUAUGCCAGUACUUUUGAAAGAAGCUGAAGAAGUUGUGAAUACUCCCUGGUAUCUCAGCAAGAAAGAAUCAGACAAAGAACCUCUCAAGGUGACUGUUAAUGAAGAAUUGUGUUCACUAGUCAGCGACUAUGUGCACUUGGAAGGCAAUGUGAAGUCUGUUUACAAAAUGUAUUCUACAUCAGAACUGGGAAGUGAUGUAGAGAUACCACCGGCCCCUGCCGCACCUGUUCAACCACCGGAACUGGCUAAAGAUGCGAGACUAUCAAAACAAAAUAAAGCUAAACCUGAAACUACUAAAGCACCAGCUUUAUUCACAAGAGUACCCAAGUAUCGUAGCAAGAGUGGUUCCGUAUCAUCUGUAAACUCGAGCUGCAGUGAGAAAUCCAACAGAAGCUACAUAGUUCAAAAUCAAUAUGUAAAUCAACCAAUUGUUCAGCCAGUCGCACCAUUUCAAGAAAACCAACAUCCACAGCAGUUGUGUGAAGGUUCCCAAGAAUUGAUCUACGUUACGCACAUUGUGGAUCCACACAACUUUUUCGUGCAAAGGGCUUGUUUCCAAAGACUGGUUAAAGACAUGGUACGCGAAUUCCGAAAUGCGGUAUCUUUCGCAAAACCUUCCGUCAAUCACAUCUCGCCGGGUAAAACAUAUUUGGCUUUCAACAAGGCCGACAAUAUGUGGCAGAGAUGCCGUGUCCUUGGAAUCGACAUAAAAAACAAUAAGAAUCCUGUUGUUCAGGUUUUCUGUUUCGAUUUUGGAAGCAUCGAAUUUGUUUCAGCUGAUAAAUUACGACUUUUGCCUCCAUCUAAAAUACAGUGUCCAUAUCCACUUGCCAUCAAUUGUUCUUUGGCUAAUUGUGUGCCAAUAAGCGGCAGUUGGACUAGUGACGAUUCUUUGCUCAUCCAAAAUAUAAUUGACAACAAGCAGGCAGUGCUUCAUGUGCGCCAUAUGAUCCCUAUGUCAAACGUGGACUUUAAGUUGGAUUGUGAUGUGACCACUUUCGAGAAUGGAGUCAGCAUUGCUCAUGCUUUAGUGUUUCACGAACGUGCCAAGAUGCCUAAUCCAAAACUAUGGUAUCCAACAAUUGUGGGUAUAGAGGAGAAACCAAAACUGUAUCAUUCCAGUGACAUAAAGACUAAAGAAGAAGUAUACAUAACACAUGUAAUUAACCCAGACAAGUUUUAUGUGAGAAAGCAUCAUCUCCAAGAAGUUUACGACAAACUUACUGAAGAAUUAGAGCAGGAAUACAGCCUUGCUUCUACUACAGGCACUGUGUAUUUACCAGAAAAAGGUAAGGUGUAUGCGGUGAAUUUGGAGAAAUGUCAGGAGAAUACGUCAGAGAUCCGAUGGGCGCGCGGCGUAGUGACGGAGCUCCCAGGCCACAAGCGUGUGAGGGUGCACCUCCCCGAUUGUGGCCGCUGUCUGCUCCUGCAUUGGUCCUCACUGCGUUACUUACAAACAAAGUUUACAACACUUAGUGCUCUGGCCACUGAGUGCCACCUCGCGGGCAUAACGCCCCUCAACAAGCAAUGGAGCUCUGUUUCGGUUGAAUUCCUUAAAAAAUAUAAGGAAACUUUACUUGAACUCCACGUUGAAGACCAUCGCAACAAAACUAGACGCAACCACGGAUCUAUCGGAGUCAUUCUUUACGAUAAAAAUAACACAGAAAACUCAGUCUGCAUUAACAAUGAGAUGAUCAAACAUAAGUUUGGUGUUUCCUUUGGGAUUUAUACAUUUAACACAGAUCCUCCAGAAGAACUGGUUGUCACAAACAAGUCUCCUCUACAAGAACCUAAACCAAUUAAACCACAAAAAAAUAAAAUAACCAUCUUGAAGAAAGAAGUACCAGAAAAAAUUAUGCCACCCGAAAAUGUAAAUGAAGAAGAUUUACUGGCUAAGGACAAGGGUCCACUGAGGUUAGAGGCCAAGGUUCUGAAUUACCAAUCUCCUUCACAUAUUUAUAUUUCCUUAGUUCAUCAACAAAAAACCUUCAAUGAACUCUUUGAAAAAAUGCAAAAAUAUUACUCGAAAAAUAAUAAAAACAAACCAAAAGAAGACUGGAAAGUUGGUGAUAGGUGCAGCACAUUAUGCCAACAAUCACAAACUUGGCGCCGAGCUAUUAUUAUGGAACUUAACGGUAAUGAUGCUAAGUUAUUCUACAGCGAUUUUGCCUGCAUUGAAACAGUACCAAUAUCCAGUUUAAAAGAAUUGACACCAGAAUUUUCAAAGAUUGGUGAUGCGGCUAUAAAAUGCCACUUGUGUGGCAUCAUGCCAGCAGUAGGUGACGAGUGGCCUUUAAUUACCAAGGAAUAUUUAAAAGAACUUCUCGAUGCAUACAAGAGAAUAUUUGUAACGAAAAUGGGCACCUUUAAAGAUAAAAGUAUGCCAAUUCAACUGUGGGUUUAUCAUACUGUGCAAGGAGGUGCCUUAGAACCGAAUAAAUCUACCUGGCGUUGUUUGAAUGAGAAAAUACUUGAACAAGGUCUCUGCGUACCUGAUCAAUCUCAAGUCGUUCCAACUGAUAACAAUGCCGAAAAUUCGGAAGAUAUGUUAUCAUUUCUGAAUAUCACUGGCUCCGUGAAUGAGUGGCUACUAUUAGAACCAAUGCCUAUGGUACCACUGAAGAAGGAAAAACUUGAUAUUGGUUCCAAUACAAAUUCACCCUCGCCAUCUCAAGAGAGUGAAGAUAUCAAAUACAUUGCUAAAGAAGACCCCAGUCCAUCCAAUGUAAUGUAUAUUACUGACUGGUUGCCACCGGAACCCCUCAAUAGCAGGGAAUUUACUGCAUUACCGACGUACAUAGACAACGAUGGUAUUAUUUACUUACAUGACAUAUGUCAACAAGAUACACUGGAUCUUAUUCGUAAAGCAUUAGAUGUCCGUUUUAAAGACCCUGACCCAAAAGCAAAGUUUACAAAAUGGACUGUAGGGGAACCGUGCGUAGCAUUAUUCUUUUUAGAUAAUCGCUAUUAUAGAGGACGUGUGAUUGAAGUAAAUGAUGAAAAUUCCACAUGUGUCAUUCAUUACAUAGAUUAUGGUAAUGAAGAGACAUGCUCCUUUGCCAAUUUAAGAAAAAGUGUUCCACUCCACCAAAUUCCAACCCAAGCCCACAAGUGUAUGUUAAAUCGAAUACGUCCUGUAGGUAAACAUUGGGACAGACAAACAUUAGACUACAUUCACAAAUCAAUUGUUGAAAAAAAAUGCUUUGUGAAAGUGGUAGGUGAUGCAGUCGAUGGAAUAAUACCUGUAGAGCUGAAGUAUGACAAAUUGUGGAUAAAUGACCACUUAGUAGAUUUUGAAAUGGCUGAAUACACAGAUGGUACUAAAGCACCAGUAAUGAAAUAUUGUCCAGUUGAAAAGAACAAAGAAAUAAUCCAAGAAAAUACUUAUGAAUGUGAUUCCGGACCAGACUAUAUUGUAGUGGAUGAUCCAAAUACUACCACUGAUCAGUUAUCUUCAUGUCAAGAUUCCUUUGAAUUAAGCUCUUUGAAGGCUACAGACUGGAAUAAAUUAAUAGAAGAUGAACAAUCUGCAACUGAUGAAAAGUUUCUUACAUACCCAAAGCAUUCUGAUGACGAAUACAAGUGUAAUAUCACAGUAAUUAAUGACGUUAACACAUUAGAACUUAAUAUUGUUUGGGAUGAAGAUACAUCUAGGCUUUACGAACAGAUGUUUGAAGAACUCCAGUCUGAAAGUAUGAAUAUGUCGCCUCUGAAUGGAAUAUUUGAAAAUAAAGCAUGUAUUGCAGUAUUUCCAGAAGACGGUCAAUGGUACCGCGCAUCAAUUUUACAAUUUAGCGAAAGAAAAAGUCGCGUUAAAGUAAGGUAUGUUGAUUAUGGCAACAUUGAGGUUAUUUCCUUAGCUGAUACAAGAGAGAUCUGUGAAGAAUGGGCAAAACUUCCUCCGGCAACUAUAUCUGCCAAACUGUUUGGCGUGCGCUUAAAUCCCGAUACAGAUAUCAAUGUUAUUACAAAAUAUUACUCUCAAGUUUUCUUGGAUAAAGGUCCAUUCCAAGUAAAUAUCAUGGGUUAUGAAGGUCAAGUGCCAUUGGUAGAAUUAAGAUAUGAAAAUAGUGAUUUGGUAUACAAAAACCUUAUCGAAGAUAAUAUAUUCAUUAAAUGUGAUUAAUCGUAACUCGAUUUUAAUUGUCUUUUUGUUACUUUUUACAUAAAAAAUGCAGGUUACAUAUGUUACAUGCAAGACCAUAACUAAAACCUGCAUAUUUUUAUUAUAUUUUAAGUUUUAAACUA